AUGGGCAAGGUGAUCCUCCUUCGCCUCAAGCCCUACGAGCCGAGCUUCAUUCCUACAUUUACAUUCGGGCUCACUAGCCGACUGCGUCCACUAAGCAAUGUCCGUGUUGAGAAGCUACCCCCAAACACCACCGCCAAGAUCCAGCCGCUGGAUCAGGGCAUCAUCAAUAGCAUUAAACGCUACAGCUUAUCGCAAAAAAUGAUGUUCGCAUUGGAUCGCCUAGGCGAAGGUCUCGACAACCCGUACAGCGUCGACCAGCUAACUGCACUGCUCUCGUGCGAGGCUGCAUGGUCUAAAGUUAGCGCUUCCACGAUUCAGCACUGCUGGAAUCACUCUGGUCUCAUUCAAAAGUCGAAUCUUCAAUUUAUCCUAACUUAA